CGAAACCACAUCCGCUGCUACCUUGCUACCGUGCGAUCAGCAGUCGGACCGCUAACGCACUGUGCUCCGUUCAAGCUGCGAAAUGUGGAAUGGUAGAGGCAAGACGUGUGCAGUAGUUGGCUGCAAGAACAGCGACUGGGACAUAAAAAUAUGGAAUGAAUCUGUGUGCGAAGUUCACGGACCGCUACUGCACAAGGACUGUCCGUGUUGCCGACCAUUCGCGAUGCACGGCUUCCCACAAGGAUUAAAAAAUGCCGUCGUCCGCCAGCGUUGGAUCGCAAAUCUUCAACGAAAAAACUUCGACCCCGGAACGUGGGCAAGAGUGUGUUCGGUCCAUUUUGUUGAUGGAUGUCCCACAAAAAAUAACCCAUACCCAACACUGCACCUUGGAACACCGACUAUCCAUCACAAAGGAAGAAGGCAGUUAAAGCGCCCUGCAGCCUGCAUGCAAGAAGCUGAGACAACGGUCACCAUAUGCCCAGCGACAGCUGACACCAGCACUGAACAGCAGACAGCAAUGGACGAGCAAGAUGAAGGCGACAGUGAACCCUGCUACAGUUACAGUUACAUACCAAAUAGGCUGACAGAGGCAGAGGAAACACCAAAGAGCUGCUCGGCCUGCGGCUGCAAAUGCCAGUUUCUGGUGACAUCGGACAAGGAAGUUCAAGCCACAGCACGAUUAUCUGAACACACAUACAGGCUUUCAAAGGAUGUGUUUGAUGAAUUGGUGAGGUCUCUUGAAGCAACUGCUGAGCAGAACUCAUUUGUUUUACCCUUCCAAGAUCAGGUGCUGCUGACACUUAUGAGGCUGCGCUUAGGGCUGCUACUUAAUGACCUCAGUUUCCGCUUCGGUAUUUCCACAGCUCUAGUGAGCAGGAUUUUCUGCACUAUAGUGUCAGCUCUUGCUCGCUUUUCUAGAAAAUAUCUGGUGUUCUGGCUGGCAAGAGAAACAAUUAGAAGAACAAUGCCUAGCAUUUUUGAGGACUAUCCGCUAGCAACAUGCAUCAUCGAUUGCUUUGAGAUUUUUGCUGAGAAACCGGGCAACUUGCUACGGAGAAAUCAGACCUACAGUCAUUAUAAAUCCCACAACACUGCCAAAGUACUGCACGUCAUUGCACCCAAUGGGUUUGUGAUGUUCAUUUCCAAGCCAUAUGGUGGACGUGCAAGCGAUCGGUUCAUCACAUUGGACAGUGGCUUUACAAGGUUUCUGACACCAGGUGAUGAGAUCCUGGCUGACAGGGGUUUCACAAUAGGCGACUGUUUACCAAUGGGAGUAAAUCUAAGGUUACCAAGCUUUUCAAAAGGCAGACAACAAAUAAGUGGCCCUGAGCUAGUAAAGUCAAGGCGCCUAGCAAGGCUCCGCAUCCAUGUUGAGCGGUCUAUAAGACGACUUAAAUGCUUCAGGAUACUGAAGCAUUUUCCCGCAAGCAUCUUUGCAAAAAAACCACUUGCUAAUGAUGUACUGACUGCUGUAGCCGGGCUGUGCAAUCUUCAGCCACCUUUAAUUAAGGACAGAGUGAUUUCUGCACCUUCAAACUAAAUAAAAUAAAUCCUCAUUUUCAGACAGGACAUCAAAGAAUAAUAAGCAGGCAGGCCCUGCCAUCAUAAAAAUGAGUAGAACAGCACAAGUCACAGGCAUGUUGGAAAACAAUUACUGCUAAGUCCUGAAACACCUUUCUCAGUUCGUGCACAAUAGUUCUUUUACGACAAAACUCUGUUAACACUUUCAGAUGCAAUGUACGCAAAGAUAGUGCAUCAACAGCAAAAGCACUGACGAAAGUAAUAUUUAAAAUGGGUUGCAUAUAUCUCGAGACACUUGCGAUUGGAAUUGUGCUGCAAUUUAACAUGUGCAAAAUGUUUUAGUAAAAUGAGUGGGAAGGUAGAUGGUUAGGUGUUUUUGCUUGCUGUCAGUAUGUAGUUGUAUGUAGUGGGUUGACUUCUUUCAAUGUGUUUCACAAUGUCAUGCACCAGGCAUAAUUUUCAUGCGGCUGAACGAGUGCUUUUCAAUACACGAAAUAGUUGAUGUACGCACAUAUGGUGUUCCUGUAGCGACUUUUUGCGUGGAGUCCACAUUCUGUAAUCUUGACAAAACUCACUACAGAACUGAAAAUUCUUAAUCUUUUCUGCAGCUGUACCCUUUCUAUGAUUCUGAGGAGGCAAGAAAUGUGGCGAAAGAAAGUUUUCAAUCAAUAGGUUAAAGUGGCAUCUGAAAGGGUUAAGAUUAAUUAUCUGAUCAGCUGAAAGUUCCAUGCAGCUAUAUUUGUUUCUAAUCAAUUACCUUGUGAUAAUAGGAAUCUGUUUUUAACGUCCCUUGACAUUUCUUUUGAAACAAAUUUUUUUGUACUUUUAAAAAAGUGUAUGCAUACUGUUGCUUAGCUUGUGAUGUAAACAACUGAAGAAACAGGUGUUGGUUGUGUUCACUAUGUAACAAUAAAGUUACUACAGAUAAG